GCCGGUUGAAAGCGAGGUUGCUCGGUUCGAUUGACAGUUAGAGUUACUUGCUUGACUACAAAACCACCACCACCACCACCACCAACAGCAACAAGAACUCCCGACCGAAUCGUCCUUCGAUUACGCUAGAGAGAAUAAAAUAUGUCGGAUGAUAUUCAAAAGAAAAUCGAGGAGAUCGAGGCCGAAAUGGCCCGAACUCAAAAGAACAAGGCAACGAAUUAUCAUAUUGGAACCCUCAAAGCAAAACUGGCCAAGCUCCGCAGUGAGCUCACGAACGGUCCUGGUGGAAAAUCCGCUGGUUCCAAGGAUGCCGGUCGUGGAUUUGAUGUUUCCAAGUCUGGCGAUACGAGAAUCGGCCUCGUGGGCUUUCCUUCAGUUGGAAAGUCAACUCUGUUGACGACUUUGACAGGGACAAGGAGCGAGGCAGCUGCAUACGAAUUUACCACACUCACUUGCAUUCCUGGGACUAUGAAAUAUAAGGGAGCUCGAAUUCAAGUGCUGGAUCUUCCCGGGAUUAUUGAGGGCGCCGCUGAUGGCCGGGGUCGCGGUCGCCAGGUUAUUUCGACUGCACGGACUUGCAAUCUUAUUCUCGUCGUUUUGGAUUCUGCAAAACCCGUUACGCACAAGAAGAUUAUUGAGAACGAGCUUUUUAGUUUCGGGAUUCGGAUUAACCAAAAUCCUCCUGAUAUUAAGGUUAUGACAAAGAAUGCGGGUGGGAUUGGAUAUCAGGAGAUGGUCAAGCAAACGCAGGGAAUGAGUGCUGAUGUUGCGCGUGUCGUUUGCAAAGAGUAUAAAAUUUCGUGCGCUGAAAUAAUCCUACGAGAAGACGUCUCAGUGGAUCAGUUUAUCGACGUCAUUGAAGGAAAUCGGGCUUACAUACCGGUGCUGUAUGUGUUCAACAAAAUCGAUGCAAUUACGAUUGAGGAGCUUGACAUUUUGGACCAGAUGCCGAACUAUGUCCCGAUUAGUAGUCAGCACGAGUGGAAUCUAGAAGAACUUAUGGAAGAAAUUUGGCAUCGGUGCAGCAUGCUAAGGGUAUACACCAAGCCAAAAGGUCAAAUUCCAGAUUAUGACGAGCCCGUUAUUCUUCACGCCGAAAACCCCACAAUAGAAGAAUUCUGCAAUCGGUUGCACAAGAGCAUCAUCGACUCCUUUAGUCACGCCUGGGUAUGGGGUCGCUCGGCGAAGCAUCAACCACAACGGUGUGGAAAAGACCAUGUACUUGCCGAUGAGGAUAUUGUACAGAUUUGCAAGAAAGUGUAA